AUGGCCUACCAUGCCCUGCCGUGGCCUGCCAUGUCUUACUAUGCCCUGCCAUGCCCUGCCAUGCCCUGUCAUGCCCUGCCGUGGCCUGCCAUGCCCUGCCGUGGCCUGCCAUGCCCUGCCAUGCCCUGCAAUGCCUUGUCAUGCCCUGACAUGGCCUACCAUGCCCUGCCGUGGCCUGCCAUGUCUUACUAUGCCCUGCCAUGCCCUGCCAUGCCCUGCCAUGCCCUGCCGUGGCCUGCCAUGCCCUGCCAUGCCCUGCCAUGCCCUGUCAUGCCCUGCCGUGGCCUGCCAUGUCUUACUAUGCCCUGCCAUGCCCUGCCGUGGCCUGCCAUGUCUUACUAUGCCCUACCAUGCCCUACCAUGCCCUACCAUGCCCUGACAUGCCCUGCCAUGCCCUGCCAUGCCCUGCCAUGCUCUACCAUGCCCUACCAUGCCCUACCAUGCCCUACCAUGCCCUGCCAUGCCCUGCCAUGCCCUGCCGUGCCCUGCCAUGCCCUGCCAUGCCCUGCCAUGCCCUGCCGUGCCCUGCCAUGCCCUGUUAUGCCCUGUCGUGCCCUGCCAUGCCCUGCCAUGCCCUGCCAUGCCCUGCCGUGCCCUGCCAUGCCCUGCCAUGCUCUACCAUGCCCUACCAUGCCCUGCCAUGCCCUGCCAUGCCCUACCAUGCCCUGCCAUGCCCUGCCAUGCCCUGACAUGCCCUGCCAUGCCCUGCCAUGCCCUGCCAUGCCCUACCAUGCCCUGCCGUGCCCUGCCAUGCCCUGCCGUGCCCUGCAGUGCCCUGCCAUGCCCUGCCGUGCCCUGCCAUGCCCUGCCAUGCCCUGCCGUGGCCUGCCAUGCCCUGACAUGCCCUGCCAUGCCCUGCCAUGCCCUGCCAUGCCCUGCCGUGCCCUGCCGUGCCCUGCCAUGCCCUGCCAUGCCCUGCCAUGCCCUGCCAUGCCCUGCCCUGCCAUGCCCUGCCGUGCCCUGCCAUGCCCUGCCGUGCCCUGCCGUGCCCUGCCAUGGCCUGCCAUGCCCUGCCGUGGCCUGCCAUAG